UUCAUCAUCAAGUUCAAAUCCACCAUUCAUGUUACAAGCCAUCUGGAGUUCCUACACUCAUGGUUUUGAACACUAAAAGACUGAUCCCAAGAGCAAAUUUCAGGGUUUUUCUUUUUGUUUCUUGGCACAAGGGAGGAUGAUGAUUUUGCCAUUUAACUAAAUUUAUCUUUCAAGAGCACUGUUGCUAAAUAAACUCCAAUUGGCAAAAGCCCUGUAUAGAAAAUUGAUGCAAACCUAGCAAAAAUGCUCCAAGUGAGCAGUCAUAACCAGUUCAUAACUCAGGAGCCAAUCCAAGUGAAAAUUUUUCUUACUUUUCUUACCAUGAACAUACUGUAAACAGUUAGAUGAACACCUCGUAUAGGUACAGGAGGAAUCUCUACCAUGUCUAUACUAAUACUCUCCCAUCUAACAGCUUUUCUACCCGGGGAGUAGUUUCUGCUGCUGCUGCUGCUGAACUUGAGACACCAACUCCGGAGGACCUUUCAUGGAGAAAAAUGUGUUAUACCCAGGUAUCAUAUUUGCAUACCGUUAUGCAGUUAUGUGCAAGAAACAGAGCAGCCAUCCCUGGGAAAGCAUGCCAUGCGCAGACAAUCCAUUUUGGGUUGCAAGCAGACACUAUAACAUCCAACAUUCUCAUUAAUAUAUAUUGCAAAUCUAGUCUUUUGUCCUGCGCCCGCAAAGUGUUUGAUGAAAUGCCAGAACGAAGCCUGGUUUCCUGGAAUACGCUGAUUGGUUCAUAUGCCCAGCGUGGGCAGGCUCAAGAAGCGUUAACUCUUUUCAAGUUCAUGCAAAAAGAAGGAAACCCGUUUAGUGAAUUCACAAUUUCAAGCGUUCUUUGUGCUUGUGUUGCAAAUUGUGCCGUUUUUGAGUGCAAACAGCUGCAUGGUUUUGCUGUAAAGACUGCCAUUGAUUCAAACAUGUUCGUGGGAACUGCAUUAGUUGAUGUUUACGCAAAGUCUGGUUUGGUAAAGGAUGCUAGCUGGGUUUUUGAGAGCAUGCAAGAGAGGAGUGUUGUUACAUGGAGUUGCUUGAUGGCAGGGUACGUUCAGAAUGAGCUUUUUGAGGAGGCUUUAUUGUUGUUUCAUAGAGCUCAAAUAAUGGAACUGGAGCAUGAUCAGUUUAUGUUCUCUUCCAUUAUAUGUGCUUGUGCAGGUCUAGCUGCUUUGAUCGAAGGAAAACAGGUGCAUGCUAUUAUAUCUAAAACGGGAUUUGGUUCAAACAUAUUUGUGGCUUCCUCUCUUAUAGAUAUGUAUGCUAAAUGUGGCAGUGUGGAAGAGGCUUACACUGUGUUUACUGGUAUAGAAGAGAAAAGUGUUGUUUCUUGGAACACAAUGAUUUCUGGCUUUGCUAAACAUGCUCGUGCCUUGGAGGCAAUGAUUUCAUUUGAGAAAAUGCAGCAGGUAGGUCUCUACCCUAAUGAAGUGACAUAUAUUUCUCUUUUAUUCGCAUGUAGUCAUAUGGGCUUGGUUGAUGAAGCAAAGAGAUACUUUGACCUCAUGAUAACAGAGCAAAAUGUGUCAGCUAAUGUCAUUCACUAUUCAUGCAUGGUUGAUAUUCUUGGUCGAGCAGGAAAGAUUUCUGAAGCUUACGAUUUAAUAGAAAGGAUGCCCUUUGAUGCCACUGCUUCUAUGUGGGGUUCACUUUUGGCCUGUUGUAGGUUCCACGGCAAUCUUGAAUUAGCUGAGGUUGCAGCUAAGCAUUUAUUUGAGAUGGAACCAGACAAUGCUGGAAACCAUAUUUUGCUCUCAAAUAUAUAUGCUGCUAAUAAAAAAUGGGAGGAAGUUGCAAGAGCAAGGAAAUUUCUUAAAGAAAGUAUGGUGAAAAAAGAAAGAGGUAAGAGCUGGAUUGCAAUCAGGGACAAGAUCCAUAAGUUUAUGGUUGGAGAGAUAAAUCACCCCAGAAUUGCUGAAAUUUAUUCCAAGUUAGAUAGUUUGAUGGAAGAGAUGAAGAUCCUUGGUUAUAAAGUUGAAACUGAGCAUGACCUCCAUGACGUGGAGGAGGGUAGAAAGCAAGAACAUUUAAAGCACCACAGUGAGAAACUGGCGCUUACUUUUGGGCUGCUUUGCCUACCUCCAACUGCCCCAAUACGAAUUAUGAAGAAUCUCAGGAUAUGUGGGGAUUGCCAUUCUUUUAUGCAGCAUGCAUCUAGCAUUACACAGAGGGAAAUCAUUGUUAGGGAUAUAAACAGAUUUCACCAUUUUAGAAAUGGCUGUUGCUCUUGUGGUGACUUUUGGUGAUAUGUCAGUUUGCUGAGUGUAAUAUGUCAUUUCUGUUCUGUGACAAGUUUACUCGUUUAGACAAUCCAUUUGCCGUUUUCAGGUUGUCGGGGUUUACAUUCUUACGCUCGUUAAUGCAAGUCAUGGAGGAAUGUUGACAAGGUUAUAUGAUUGCCUCUGCUUUAUUUUAAGUUCAAUUAUAACAGGCAUUGCUCCUGCCACCACAUAGGCAUAUAUGGAGAUCGUUAGACAUGUUCAACUCAUUUUUCAGGCACCCUGAAGAUUACCUGCUUAAUCACCAUUUUUGCAGUUAAUUUACUUGUCUGGCUUCUUGCUGUUAGUUCUAUUACAAGGUAA